AAAGCAAAUCAAAUUUUUUAGGCGCAGACUGAACUUCUUCUUCUCAUAAUCCUUCUACAAUUCAGUAUAAACCCUAACCUCAAAUCUCAUUAGAUCGAAAGCCUACAUUUUUGGGUUAUAGAAUGGCUGAAUCGGCAUCAGCAUCGGCAUCGGCAUCGGCAUCGGCAUCGGCAUCGGCGGCGACGUUGGUGAGUUCGGCGGGCGCGCUUCUGGCUAUGCUGAAUGAGUCUCACCCGGCUCUCAAGUUCCACGCACUCUCCCAUCUCAACACCUUUGUCGACUACUUCUGGCCUGAAAUCUCCACUGCUGUCCCGAUUAUAGAAAGUUUGUACGAAGAUGAAGGGUUUGAACACAGACAGCUAGCUGCCUUGUUGGUUUCAAAGGUUUUCUAUUAUUUGGGUGAGCUCAAUGAUUCAUUGUCCUAUGCUCUGGGAGCUGGCUCUCUUUUUGAUGUAUCUGAGGACACAGAUUACGUUCAUACUCUACUCGCUAAAGCAAUAGACGAAUAUGCAAAUCUGAAGACAAAAGCAGCUGAGACAAAUGAUGAAUCUAUACUGAUUGACCAUAGGAUGGAAGCUAUUGUUGAGAGAAUGCUGGAUAAAUGUACUGCAGAUGGAAAAUAUCAACAAACCAUAGGGAUGGCAAUUGAAUGUAGAAGACUGGAUAAGCUUGAGGAAGCAGUUAUAAGUAGUGACAAUGUUCAUUCGACAAUUAAUUAUUGCAUAGAUAUCUGUCAUUCCUUUGUGAACAGGCGAGAGUAUAGGCGUGAGAUACUCCGCCUUCUGGUCAAAAUAUAUCAGCAGUUGCCAUCUCCUGAUUAUUUGAGCAUUUGUCAGCGCCUAAUGUUUCUAGAUGAGCCGAGCGGUGUUGCAAGCAUAUUUGAAGCACUCAUAAGAUCAGAAAAUGUUGAUGAUGCACUACUGGCAUUUCAAAUUGCAUUUGAUCUUGUGGAGAAUGAGCAUCAAGCUUUCCUUUUGAAGGUGAGAGAUCUGCUUCCGGCUCCCAAGUCACAGCCUUCAGAGCCUACUCAGUUGUCUGAGUCAGCUCAGCCAGAUUCUACACAAACUGAAAUUGCUGUCACAUCUGAGGAUGUUCACAUAACAGAGGCAAAUCAAGCAGAUGAAAGCAUAACAUCUACUGAUCCACGUGAAGCAGUUUAUGCGGCGAGGCUGACAAAACUAAGAGGAAUUCUGGAUGGAGAGACUUCCAUACAGUUGACCCUGCAAUUCUUACACAGCCAUAACAAAUCAGAUCUCCUCAUUCUCAAAACAAUAAAGCAGUCUGUUGAGAUGAGAAAUAGUGUCUGCCAUAGUGCAACUAUACAUGCUAAUGCUAUUAUGCAUGCUGGAACAACUGUUGACACAUUUCUGAGAGAAAAUCUGGACUGGCUGAGUAGGGCCACAAAUUGGGCAAAAUUCAGUGCAACUGCAGGACUUGGCGUUAUCCAUCGGGGCCAUCUACAGCAAGGAAGAUCCCUCAUGGCACCUUACUUGCCACAAGGUGGCAGUGGUGGUGGCAGUCCAUACUCGGAAGGUGGAGCAUUAUAUGCUCUUGGUCUAAUUCAUGCAAACCAUGGGGAAGGCAUUAAACCCUUUCUGCAGGAAAGCCUAAGGAGCUCUAAUGUUGAGGUCAUUCAGCAUGGUGCCUGCCUGGGUCUUGGUUUGGCUGCAUUGGGCACUGCUGAUGAGGACGUCUUUGAUGAAAUAAAAAAUGUGUUGUAUACUGACAGUGCUGUUGCUGGUGAGGCUGCUGGGAUUAGUAUGGGUCUACUGAUGGUUGGAACAGCUAGUGAGAAGGCUGCUGAAAUGCUUGCAUAUGCACAUGAAACCCAACAUGAAAAGAUUAUAAGGGGUUUAGCCUUAGGAAUAGCACUUACAGUCUAUGGAAGAGAGGAAGAAGCUGAUACACUCAUUGAGCAAAUGACAAGGGAUCAAGACCCUAUACUGCGUUAUGGUGGCAUGUAUGCCUUAGCCUUGGCGUACAGAGGAACAUCAAAUAAUAAGGCCAUUCGUCAGUUGCUGCAUUUUGCUGUGUCAGAUGUAAGCGAUGAUGUCAGACGGACUGCUGUUCUUGCCCUUGGAUUUGUGCUGUACUCUGAUCCUGAACAGUGCCCUCGCAUUGUCUCUCUGUUAUCGGAGUCCUACAAUCCACAUGUGCGUUAUGGUGCUGCACUAGCAGUUGGGAUUUCUUGUGCGGGCACUGGACUUAGUGAGGCCAUAUCAUUGCUAGAGCCAUUAACCUUGGAUGUUGUCGACUUUGUCCGUCAAGGUGCUCUAAUUGCAAUGGCAAUGGUGAUGGUUCAGAUCAGUGAAGCUAGUGACUCUCGUGUUGGUGCUUUCAGGCGACAAUUGGAAAAGAUAAUCCAAGAUAAGCAUGAAGAUACGAUAAGCAAGAUGGGUGCUAUAUUAGCUUCGGGGAUUUUAGAUGCUGGGGGACGGAAUGUGACCAUCAAGUUACUUUCAAAAACAAAACAUGAUAAAAUCACUGCAGUAGUAGGCCUUGCUGUUUUCAGUCAAUUCUGGUACUGGUAUCCACUCAUCUACUUCAUCAGUUUGGCAUUCUCACCAACUGCUUUAAUUGGUUUGAACUAUGACCUGAAAAUACCCAAGUUUGAUUUCCUAUCACAUGCGAAGCCGUCAUUGUUUGAAUACCCUAAGCCUACUACUGUCCCUACCACUGCUUCAACUGUUAAACUGCCCACUGCAAUUUUAUCAACAUCAGUAAGAGCCAAAACCAGGGCUAGUAAGAAAGAAGCUGAGAAGCAGGCCGAGAAGGCAGAAACAAGUGCGGAAAAGGGUAAAUCAAGCGACAAGGAUGGAGAUUCUAUGCAGGUAGAUAGUAACACAGAGAAGAAGACGGAACCUGAGCCGUCGUUUGAAAUUUUAACCAAUCCUGCAAGGGUGGUUCGUCCACAAGAGAAAUUCAUCAAAUUUCUUCAAGACAGCAGAUACGUGCCAGUUAAGACAGCACCUUCAGGAUUUGUGCUAUUCAAAGAUCUACGUCCGAAUGAGCCUGAAGAAUUAUCUCUCACUGAGUCUCCCUCGUCAGCGACCUCUAAUGCUACUGGCGGAUCAGUCCCUGGACAGCAGGGAUCGGCCACAGCAAUGGCUGUCGAUGAAGAGCCUGCACCUCCACAACCCUUUGAAUACAGCUCGUAAACCUUUAGCAUUGGAGGUAACGUUCUGUGUUUACGUUUUGAUGGAGAAAGUUGAUGGGUUCUAGCCGGUCAGCAGGUGUUCAAGCAAGUGGCGUCUGCUGCAGAAUCUUGAAGUCGUAGCCAAUGUCGAUUGCUGCUGAUGUUUCCAACUCUUUCUCUGUCAUGCUUUUCUUCUUCCAUUUUAUUAUUUGUGGUUUUCAAUAAGGAUUAUGUACACUAAUGGAGGGCCAAAACCAGGACUCUAGAAGCUGCGCUGUCUAAGUAGCGAUGUCCAAUUUAUUCUUUUCCAUCUUGUAGUCCUUAUUUAAGUUGAAAAUUAGGGUGUGAAUUAUUCUUUCUCUGA